UGCUUCCUUUUCUGCUGCACCAGAAGAAAGAAGAAAUCGCUGUUUUUUUUCACGCUUUUCCGCUUUCCGGCCGGCUCCCGCCCCGUUCCGCCAUCAUGAAGUUCUGAACAAAAAGCGGAUGAAACAGAAAAGGGAAAAUAGAAAUGGUGUAGCCAGUUGUUUUGUGUCAGCAAUCAUUUGAAGGAAUAACAUAAGCGCAAAUUAAUUAUUACAAUUACCCUGGCAACAAAUGCAAUGCACUAUUGAGUUUCGUUUAAUUUAGUGACUCGUUUCAUAUUGACAAUCAGCUGAUUAUUAGGCUAGGCUCUUGACUGGAGAGCUAACACUUAGCGAGCUAGCAGGGAGUAUUCCUUGUUCCAAUAGGUUAUGUCAGAUAAAUUGUGAGACGCCGCCAGCGAUAGCUAACCAGUCGACCAGUUAGCUGAUCAGUUAACGGAGAAGAACGUCGAACAUUUCGAGGAUGGAGUCCAUAUGAAAGACAAUGCAACUUGUGUGCGUUGAAUAAAAACGGGGAAGAAAGAACUCAAUUUUUCUUGCCAGGCCAGUUAGCUAGCUGACGCUAGCUACAGUGGAUUCCAUACACCACGGCGCUGGCCAUGCCAUCCAGUGUUCGGGCCGGGAGCCUGAAGGACCCGGAUGUGGCGGAGCUCUUCUUCAGGGAGGACCCCGAAAAAUUCUUCUCUGACCUCCGGGAGAUCGGCCAUGGCAGCUUCGGAGCCGUCUACUUCGCCACGGACAUCCGCACCAGUGAGGUGGUCGCCAUCAAGAAGAUGUCCUAUAGUGGCAAGCAGUCCAACGAGAAAUGGCAGGAUAUUAUCAAAGAGGUGAAGUUCCUUCAGAAGCUGCGACACCCCAACACUGUGGAGUACAGAGGAUGUUACCUGCGAGAACACACGGCCUGGCUGGUGAUGGAGUACUGCUUGGGCUCAGCCUCAGAUCUGCUGGAAGUUCACAAGAAGCCCCUGCAGGAAGUGGAAAUAGCCGCCAUUGUCCAUGGUGCAUUGCAAGGCCUGGUGUACCUUCACUCCCACAACAUGAUCCACAGGGAUGUGAAGGCCGGUAACAUCCUCCUGACAGAGCCCGGCCAGGUCAAGCUAGGUGACUUUGGCUCCGCCUCCAUCGUGGCCCCUGCCAACUCCUUUGUGGGAACCCCUUACUGGAUGGCUCCAGAGGUGAUUCUGGCCAUGGACGAGGGGCAGUAUGAUGGGAAAGUGGACGUGUGGUCCCUGGGCAUCACCGCCAUAGAGCUGGCUGAGCGGAAGCCUCCCUUGUUUAACAUGAAUGCUAUGAGUGCCUUAUACCACAUUGCCCAGAACGAGAGCCCUGUCCUGCAGUCCAACCACUGGUCGGAGUAUUUCCGUAACUUUGUGGACUCGUGUCUCCAGAAGAUUCACCAGGACAGACCUACCUCUGAUGUGCUCCUCAAGCAUCAUUUCGUGUGUCGUGAGCGCCCCCACACGGCGGUGCAUGACCUGAUCGCUCGCACUAAAGACGCGGUGAGGGAGCUGGACAACCUCCAGUACCGCAAGAUGAAGAAGAUCCUCUUCCAUGAGACACUCAAUGGGCCCACACAGGAGGGGGCAGAGGAAGAGGAGGAUGUGGAGCAGUACAUGUUGCGCACGGGCACAGUCAACAGCAUGGAGAGCUCCCAUUCGCUGCCGUCCAUGUCAAUCAGCGCCAGCUCCCAGAGUUCAUCAGUGAACAGCCUGGCGGACGGCUCGGACGACAGCGGAGAGAUGGCCAUGAUGCAGGAGGGGGAACACACCGUCACGUCCAACAGCAGCGUCCUGCACAAACCACUGAGCCAUGAUAACAUCUAUGACGACCCGUACCAGCCCGAGGUGGACUCUCACCAUCAUCAUCAUCAGCAGCAUCAGCAUGGUGGUGGUGGUGGUGGAGGUGGAGGCGGAGGUGGUGGAGGCAGCGGUGGAGGAGGAGGUGGUGGAGGAGGAGGAGGAGCAGGCGGCGGGGGAGGAGGCGGGGGCCGGCGGCGACGUGGCCGCGACCACUUUGCCACCAUCCGCACGGCGUCGCUGGUGACCCGUCAGAUCCAGGAGCACGAGCAGGGUUCGGCGCUGCGGGAGCAGAUGUCGGGCUACAAGCGCAUGCGGCGGCAGCACCAGAAGCAGCUCAUGGCGCUGGAGAACAAGCUGAAGGCCGAGAUGGACGAGCACCAGCUGCGCCUCGACAAGGAGCUGGAGAACCAGAGGAACAACUUCAGCACCGAGGCCGACAAACUCAACAAGAAACACUCGGGCCUACUGGACAAGGAGACUAAGGCUGUGUUGACGGAGGAGAAGAAGUUCCAGCAGCACAUUCUGGGCCAGCAGAAGAAGGAGCUCACCAGCCUGCUGGACUCUCAGAAACGCCAGUACAGACAGCGCAAGGAGCAACUCAAAGAGGAGCUGAAUGAGAACCAGUCCACGCCCAAGCGGGAGAAGCAGGAGUGGCUGGUCCAGCAGAAGGAAUGUAUGCAGCAGAUCCAGGCCGAGGAGGAGGCGGGGUUGCUACGGCGACAGCGACAGUACUAUGAGCUGCAGGCCCGCCAGUACAAGAGGAAGAUGCUGCUAACUAGACACAACCUGGAGCAGGACCUACUCCGAGAGGAUCUGAAUAAGAAGCAGACACUGAAGGACCUUGAGUGUGCCAUGUUGCUGCGCCACCACGAGUCGACGCAGGAGAUGGAGUUCCGCCAGCUGGGGGCGCUGCAGCGCACGCGGGCCGACCUGAUCCGCGCGCAGCACCAGAGCGAGCUCACCAACCAGAUGGAGUACAACAAGCGCCGCGAGCAGGAGCUGCGCCAGAAACACGCCGUGGAGGUCCGCCAGCAGCCAAAGAGCCUGAGAGCUAAGGAGAUGCAGAUCAAGCGCCAGUUCCAGGAGACGUGUAAGAUCCAGACGCGUCAGUACAAGGCCCUGCGGAACCACCUGCUGGAGUCCACCCCCAAGAGCGAACACAAGGGGGUGCUCAAGCGCCUCAAGGACGAGCAGACGCGCAAGCUGGCCAUCCUGGCCGAGCAGUACGACCACUCCAUUAACGACAUGCUCUCCACGCAGGCUCUGCGAUUGGACGAGACUCAGGAGGCGGAGUAUCAGGUGCUGCGCAUGCAGCUGCAGCAGGAGCUGGAGCUGCUGAACGCCUACCAGAGCAAGAUCAAGAUCCACACCGACACCCAGCACGAGAGGGAGCUCAAGGACCUGGAGCAGAGGGUGUCCAUACGCAGGGCACUGCUGGAGCAGAGGAUCGAGGAGGAGAUGUUGUCCCUCCAGAACGAGCGUUCGGAGCGCAUCCGUUCUCUGCUGGAGCGCCAGGCCAGUGAGAUCGAGGCCUUCGACUCGGAGAGCCUGCGUCUGGGCUUCAGCAGCCUGGCCCUGACCGGCAUCCCGUCCGAGGCCUACCCCAAGCAGGGCUACCCGUCCGGGGGCCAGCCGCCGCGCCCCUCGGGCCACUGGAGCCACGGCGGGGGGGUCCCGCAGCCCCACUCGCGCCGCGGGCCCAGCCGCGCCGAGUCUUCGUCCUCGUCCUCCUCCUCGCACGGCGGCCGCGGGGGCGACGGCGGCGGGGGGGGCCUGGCCCCGCCUCCGCACCCGUCCUCGCGCUCUUCCUCCUCCUCCUCCUCGUCUUCAUCGUCGCACCACCACCACCGGCACCAGCUGCCUCAGCACUACCACCACCAGAGCACGCCGCAGCUGUACCGCGAGCGCGACCGCGAGCGGGAGAGGGAGCGAGAGCGGGAGCGUGAGCGCGAGUGGCCGGGGUCCAGCCAGCACCACCCGCACCACCCCUCCGCCUUCCCCCACCACCUGCCCUCCCGCUCCUCCUCCCAGUCCCUGGCCCUGCUGCCCCCCCCUCCGCCCGCACCCCCCUCCGUCACCCCCCAGUCCUCGGGCUCGUCCGGCGGGGGCGGCUACGGUGGCAGCGGGGGUGGGGGUGGGGGGGGUCCCGGCGGGUUGGUGGUGCGGGGGCCCAGCCUGAUGGCCCUGAGGAACAGCCCCCAGCCCCUGCGCAGGACGGCCUCCGGCGGGGGGGCCUCGGCCGGGGCCGGCGACGGAGUCCUGAGCCGCAGCACGUCCGUCACGUCACACAUCUCCAAUGGCUCACACCUCUCCUACUCCUAAAUGAGAGAGAGAGAGAGUUAGAUAGAGUGUGUGUGUGUGUGAGAGAGAGAGAGAGAGAGAGUGUGUGUGUGGGGUGGGGGGGAACUGGAGAUGUGUAAGAGUUGUCUGUAGUUCUGAUUAUGUAGAGAUUUACAAAAAAAAUCGGAGAGAUGCAAGAAAGAGCACAUUUUAAUCCUUGUUUUAUUACGUUUUUUGUCAUCGUAGUGUUUUUUUUAUUAUUAUUAUUAUUUUUGUAUUGGUGUUCUAGAUGAAAAAAGAAACAGAUGAAACCAGUGGCUCAGACAAACAUGGCUGCCUUUAAAGGGGAGGCCGCCUGGCUCAGACAAACAUGGCUGCCUUUUAAAGGGGAGGCUGAGGUGCCACACAGAUGAGGCAGUAGUAUAUACAUCAUCUCCAAUGAACACACUGAAUGUUGACCAACUUAAUGACACUGACAUAUAUAUACACACACACACACACACACACCUGAAUUCACCUCAUCAGGAUUGUGUGUGUGUGUGUGUGUGUGUGCGUGCGUGCGUGCGUGCGUGCGUAUGAUUUAAAAAAAUGGCAGUGGCACAGGUAUCCACAAGAGCUGCUGCCAAAGCAUGUGAUAAGUGUGAAAGCAUUUGUAUACAUCCCGUUAGCCAAUCACCUUUGAGCUUCGAGACCUUGCGUCGAAGCUUGUAGAAUCACUGUCCCACGUACUGAAUCUGUCAUUGUACAAAUGAAUGGAAAUAUUAAACAAUGCUGUCAUUGGUUUUUUGUA